UUCCUUAUCGAAGGCUUAUUGAGAAUUGGUUAUAAAAUAGAAAAUAAAAUUUUGGCAAUGGAAGAAGCUUUAAAUUGGGUAAAAUACACAGGCGAUACAACAAUUCUACCUAAAUUAGGAUUAAUUGACAAUUGUUGGUCUAUGUUAAGUAUUUUCUUCACUGAAUACAAGUAUCACAUAACUAAAGUUGUAACGGAAAACUGCAAUUUACUUGAAGAAUUUAAAACCCAAAAUUGUGCGGAGUGUAUGGAGCAAGGAGAACUAAUGAAAAUGAAAGGAAAUGAAGAGUUUUCCAAAGAAAGAUUUGAUAUAGCUAUUAUCUAUUACACCAGAGCCAUUGAAUAUAGACCUGAAAACCACCUUCUUUAUGGUAACCGAGCUCUUUGCUUUCUUCGUACUGGACAGUUUAGAUUGGCAAAAACUUAAAAACUUCGUAAUACCAAGUGUUUGAGAGGAUGUGGAACAAAGGAAACUUUCAUACUCGGCUGGAGAAAGUGUAAAUUGGUACAGUCACUUUGGAGAGAAAUCUGACAAGGUGAAGAUGUGCAUAUUCUGCAGCCCACUUCUAGGGUCAUCCCUUCCAAACUCUCAAUGUGUACUCAAGAAGAUAUGUACAAGCCUUCAUAUAUAGCAUUGUUUGUAAGAGUAAAGAAAUGGAAACAACCUAAAUGUCCAUCAGUAGGGGAAUGGAUAAAUAAAUUAUGGUAUAUUCAUACAAUGGAAUUCUCAAUGGCAGUUAAAAUGAAUGCAAUGUUGGUGAAAAAAAGCAAGUUGCAGAAUGAUUUGUACAGUAUGAUGCCAUUUAUAUAAUGUUUUAAGACAUGCAAAACAAUAUGCAUAUUCUUAAUACAGAGAAUGUAUUAAAAAUGUUUUAAAAAUGCAUGGGCAUGUUAAACACCAGGGGAGUGGCUAUCUCUGGGGAAAAAAAGGAGGGAAAAUAAUUAACACAGUGGAUGUCAACUGUAACAAACUUCUGCAAAAGAAGCUGAAGUAAAUAUGGCAAAAUGUUAAUUUCUUGCUAAGUUGGUACACAGUUGGUACAUGGGUGUUCAUAUGUUAAUGUUAUUCUUUGUACUUUUAUGUAUACUUGAAUUAUUUGAUAAAGUGUAAUUAAAAGUGCACAUAAAAGGGGAAAAGCCCAAAACAGUACUCCCUAAACAUCAGGGGUAAAAUAAGUGAAAAACUAUCUUCAAAGAAAGAAAUAUAAAUAUUUCAAGGCCAAUGGCAGAGGGGAAAAAGCCUGAGAUGAAGUAUGAGUUGGGAAACAAAUGGUUCGUUCAGAAAUGGUCAAGGUAUCUGUGAUAGUGAUUUUAAUGUUAAAAUAGUCAUGCAGUUUGUAAAUCAGAGAGCACCUUUGAAUGGAUAUAGUUGAAGCCAAGAGCCAAUGAAAACCCUUCUGAGUCUGUG